UCGUCCUUUAAGAUCAAGACAAAAAUAGACUGCAAGGAGACUGCCUUGGAUUCUCCAGUGGAGUACGACAAGGAGUUCUCCCCUCGCCAGCGACACCACAAAGAGUUCAAGUUCAACUUAUCCCAGAUUCCUGAGGGUGAGGCGGUGACGGCUGCUGAAUUCCGCAUCUACAAGGACUGUGUUGUGGGGAGUUUUAAAAACCAAACUUUUCUUAUCAGCAUUUAUCAAGUCUUACAGGAGCAUCAGCACAGAGACUCCGACCUGUUUUUGUUGGACACCCGAGUCGUGUGGGCUUCGGAAGAAGGCUGGCUGGAAUUCGACAUCACGGCCACCAGCAACCUGUGGCUGGUGACGCCGCAGCACAACAUGGGGCUCCAGCUGAGCGUGGUCACGCGGGACGGGCUCCAUGUCAACCCCCGCGCCGCGGGCCUGGUGGGCAGAGACGGCCCCUACGACAAGCAGCCCUUCAUGGUGGCCUUCUUCAAGGUGAGCGAGGUCCACGUGCGCACCGCCAGGUCAGCGCCGGGCCGGCGCCGCCAGCAGAGUCGCAAUCGCUCCACCCAGGCCCAGGACGUGUCCCGGGUCUCCAGCGCUGCGGAUUACAACAGCAGUGAACUAAAAACAGCCUGCAGGAAGCAUGAGCUUUAUGUGAGCUUCCAAGACCUGGGAUGGCAGGACUGGAUCAUCGCACCCAAGGGCUACGCUGCCAAUUACUGUGAUGGAGAAUGCUCCUUCCCGCUCAAUGCACACAUGAAUGCCACCAACCAUGCCAUCGUGCAGACCCUGGUUCACCUCAUGAAUCCGGAGUACGUCCCCAAACCAUGCUGUGCCCCGACAAAACUAAAUGCCAUCUCUGUUCUUUACUUUGAUGACAACUCCAAUGUCAUCUUGAAAAAAUACAGGAAUAUGGUUGUGAGAGCUUGUGGCUGCCAUUAACUCGAAACCAGCUGCUGUGGACAUAUUUUACACCCCGAAGUCCUGGGUUACACCUGCCUUAAAAACCAGAACAGUAGCACAGAGCUGCACAUUGGAAGUGGGAGGAGGAGACCUGAAAGCAUCUCACGCUGGUGCCUUAUGAGCUGCCCAGGAAGAUUUCCAAGGGAACCCGCUAAUAGCUUGCUCACUUCAUAGAUAUGUGAGUAGUUGCUGGUCUAUAGGAAUUGGAAUGUCUGGUGUGUGAGAUCUGGGAACUGCCGAAGCACAACUCUGAGGUCCCCCUUUGUCCCCCAAAUUUAGUCUUAGCUUUAUAUCAAGCUGUGUUAUUGGUGAAGAAACAGGAGAAUACUCUUGGAGGAGUGUAAGUAUUCCCGGACAAAGCACCGGCUGCUGCAAUAUCAUCAAAGUAGAGUUCUGAGAUUGGAGGGGACCUCUCUUCCCAGGAGGGUGAGUUCUGAUCAGAUCAGCAGCUGGGCCCCCGACAGCGCUCCACAAAGGUGCCUUCUUCUCAUGCCCGUUUGUGCUAGUGUCAUUGGGGUGAAAAUGUACUUAGUCAAAACAAACCACCCCAUUUCCACAUCUGCUCCCCACCCCCACCCUUUGCUACAACUAAUAGCAGAGCAGUUGAUUCUGAGGCUGUACAGGGUGCAAAGUCUUCGCCGCGACUUUCAUUUUAACCCAGUGGCGUCUGAAAGUAGCACUGCCCCGUCCUGUGUGGGGUGGGCUCUCUGCAAAGCUCGGUAACUCCGCAUCUUAUCUACCCAUCAGCACCAACUACACGGCAUCUGGUGCUGUAGGGUGAGGCCUAGGAGGGAAAUCAUCCUGUCCCGGCAGUGGGUUCUGAGGUGAGCAUGCUGUUUAUGAACCGAAAUCACAACGUUCUCUUGUAGAAAAAUAAGAUUCAGAUUAAAUCUUAGAAUAUUUUUAAAAUGUCUUUUUCACAAUCAUGUACUGGGAAACCAAUUUCAUACUAAACUGAUUAAAUAAUACAUUUAUAAUCUAUAACUGUACUUACAGCUUUUUUUGUAAAUAGAAACUAAUUUAUUGUUUCCUAUCCAUUUUUGCUGUAACAUUUAAGGAGACCAUACUUUUUGUUUUUUAAAAAGAGUUUAUUUAGAAAGUAUAGUGUAAACAAAUCGUACCACCUUGAUCUGAAUACAAGACUCAUAACGCAAAGCUGAAGCCACUCGGGAUGCCGGCCUUCUUGGGAAAAUUGGGUUCUUUUACUGCACAUUUGUGAACCACGUGCAAUUAAUAAAGAUGUCCUUUAAGGCAGAGGCUGGCCGAGAUGCUGCUGUUAGCUCCUGCCCAGACAGUAGACGUGGUCUUGUUUCUGAGCUUCCUACACCAGCUGCACUGUGCCCAGUGUCCCCGGGAGGUGGGGGAGGGGGCUGCCCACAGAAUGGGUAUUGCGAAAAAGAACUCGAUGUUCAAGCACAGGUAUGUGUCUUGUCCUACAGUUGCUUAUAUCCAAGGGGACAG